AUGGGCAAAGUCAAGUACGUCCUCCUCGACUGCGACAACACUCUGUGCCAGUCUGAGCGACUUGCCUUCGAGGCAUGUGCCGACCUCACCAAUGAGCUCAUGGGAGAGAAGAAGAUUGACAUACGAUACACCGCUGACAGUCUUCUCGAGGACUUUGUUGGUUUCAACUUCAGAGGCAUGUUGAAGGGUCUGCAGACAAAGCACGACUUCACCAUGUCUGAUGCCGAACUGGAGUCAUACGUUGGCAGAGAACUCGAUGCUGUGACCACUAAGCUCGCAGCCAAAGCUGUUGAAUGCCCAAAUGUCACCAAGAACCUCGAAUGGAUCAAGAGCCAAGGCUACCCAAUGUCUGUCGUCUCUACCUCUGCCAAGUCUCGAGUCGUUGCAUCCCUCGAGAAGUGCAACCUUGACCGAUUCUUCCCUCCAGAGCACGUCUACUCUGCUGCCACUUCUCUUGACCCACCUUCCAGCAAGCCAGACCCGAAGAUUUACAACUAUGCUUGCGAGCAACUCAAAGUCAAGAAUGCUGAUGCCAUCACGGUCGAGGACAGCAAAUCUGGUGCUACUGCUGCUAUGCGAGCUGGUAUUCCAUGCAUUGCCUAUGUCGGUAUCUAUGGUAUCGAGGAUGGCAAAGAGAAGGAGGACCAGAUGGCCAAGGUUCUCACUGAGCAGACCAAGUGCUUUGCUGUCAUGAGAGACUGGAAUGAGUUCCCAGACAUCCUCAAGAAGUACGAGGAGUCCUCCUGA